UUGGUCAUAGAAGGUAUGCUUGCAAUGCGCCCAGUUAGAGAAACAAUGAAAGCGCAGCAAGAGCGGUCACAAACACAAUUACAAGGUGGCCCCAUAUCCCGAGGAAAAACUGGCAUUGAGGGUCUGAAGCAGGAGAGCAAAGUAGUGUUGUGUUUUGUCUCAGGUCCUGGCGACACAAGAACAUACACGGGAUUUAAUGCUGAUUAUGAGAACUACUACAAGAUCUACACAUAUCCCGCCUGGAUGUUCACCGUGCAAGGUUCCAACAAUAAUCCCCUAUUCAUUGUCAACAAAGAAAGUGAGCCGUGCGAGAUGGUUCAGGACUGCUUCUCGCUUGCAAGUGGAUCCUUCACUGCUCGUAUGGUGGAUACGAAAGGCACCGCGACGAUGUCUUUUCAACGCCUGCUGAGACUUCAGGGCGGCCUUAAGGGCUGUUUCUGCUGUUGCCUCGGGCAGGAAAUGACGAUUGGAAUUCCGGAUGGAAGACAAAUAGCCUCAAUUUCUGAGAAUUGGACCAUAUUCAAUACCUCCCUCACAAUCUAUGAUGCCAAGGGUAGAAGUGUAUUAAGGGUUAUUGGCCCCGCCCUCCCAUCGUAUUAUUGGGGCUUGAUGUCCCCGGCGGUGUUCAAGGUAAAAACAGUGGCAGGCACUGUCGUGGGCCAGAUAACGGUCUCACGGGUUAUCAACGUCUCCUUUCCCGUUAACCUGGAUGUCCACAUCAAAGGGUGUCUUAUCGGGUGCGCAAUUCUGGUUAAAUGUUGUACUACGACGGAAGAAAAAUGGGACGGGCUCAGUUGUUUCCAAACCGUGGAUUUUAGUGAAACCCCUAUGACAGAUAAGGGCUGUCUUCCGGACGUCCUCCAAGACAACUUGGAUAUGCGAGACCCACCUGAUGCAAUAAAGCAUUGA